AUACAUAGAUAGAUACUAGUGUUAAAUUUUAUGUGGAAUUUUUUAUAUUUUUGUUUCUUUGAUUGUUUGGGGACGAAGGUGCAGGUUUCUUAGUUGUUGAAAUCUUCCACUCCAGAUGAAACACAGGCGUUACUUAAAAAUAUAAGAGUAACUUUCUGUCAAAAAAGUCUCUUGAAUAGAUCUAAUUACGAUUACGGUACUUGUAUCGCGUAAAGAAGGUGUCUUCUUCUCUUUCUCCCUUAUUAUUAUAGUUUCAGGCUUUUCUUUUGCAAGCGAGAUGCCGAAAGAACGGCUGUUAGUUUUCUUCUCCUGCCCCUUUUUUCUCCUUAAACCAUUUUGUGGUUAGCUGUGUGAUUCUCGGGAAAGUAGUCGAGUACGGUAGGCUACCUAUUUGACAUUUGAAGAAAACAAGGACCGGCCGAAGCGUGAGCCACGGACUUUUGAAGACUGCGUGAGUAGGCCUAGCGUUCGAGGCGCAGAGCAGAGAGUUGCGACCAGUCAGUGCAAGUUGGAUCGCUACAUGAGGUGGGUGUGCAUAGUUAAACCACAUGCGUGUAUAGUUAAACUACACAUUUUUAAAUUUGUUUUUUGUUUUGUAAUCUCUCAAACUGUGACGAUUCACUUGUAACAUACAUGUAGUCACUUUGAUGGAAAAAAAAGAGACUUAGCUGCAUGUACUACAAUAGUUUGGAUAAAAAUAAGAAUGAACGAUUACAUAGUUUUUUUCAACGGAAGCAAGCUCUAGAUCUCUAGGUUUGUAUUUUGUUUACAAUUUACAAGAUGGCCUCCCAGAUGUUCGAUUCCGAUAGUGAAGACGAGCUUCCACCAGGAUGGGAAGAAAGAGUGACGACAGAUGGAAAAGUGUAUUAUGCAAAUCAUGAAACAAGAAAUACCCAGUGGAAACAUCCUGUGACUGGAAAGAAAAAGGUUGUGAAAGGAGAGCUACCUUAUGGAUGGGAAAGAAACGUAAUGGAAGAUGGAACUGUGUACUUUGUGGACCAUGUCAACCAGAAGACAACAUACACAGACCCACGCUUGGCAUUUGCAGAAGAAGUGAAAGAUACUCCGCUUGACUUCAGGCAGAAAUUUGAUGGCAGUUCCACGGCACUACAAGUGUUACAAGGCCGGGACCUGACCGGGAAGUUUGCGCUCAUUACUGGGGCCAGUUGUGGCAUAGGUCUUGAGACCGCCCGUUCCUUGGCCAUACACGGAGCGACGGUAGUGAUGGCGUGUCGCAAUAUGGAGGCAGCUCACGCCGGGCGGGCUCUCAUCCUGGCUGAGCAGCCCAAGGCUCAGGUGGAAGUGCUGCACGUGGACUUCUGCUGUCUGAGGAGUGUCAAGGACAUGGCAGAGCAAUACCAGCAGAAGGGAUGGCCGCUACAUUUGCUGAUUCUGAACGCUGGCGUGUUUGGCCUGCCUCACUCCACUACGGAGGAUGGGCUAGAGACGACAUUCCAGGUGAACCACCUGGCUCAGUUCUACCUGACCAAGCUGCUGAUCAACACGCUGAUGAGGUCAGCCCCAGCCAGGGUCAUCGUGGUGGCCAGUGAGUCGCACAGGUUCAGUGAUCUGAAAGAGAGCAACAUCAGCCUGGACAAGUUGUCCCCCAAGUCGGGCCAGUACUGGCACAUGAGCGCCUACAACAACUCCAAGCUGUGCAACAUCCUGUUCUCCAACGAGCUCAACAGCCGCCUGUCUCCGCACGGCAUCACGGCCAACGCCCUCCACCCGGGCAACAUGAUGAGCUCACAGCUCUCGCGCUACUCCUGGUUCUACCAGAUCAUCUUCACGCUGGUCAGGCCUUUCACCAAGUCCAUGCAACAAGGGGCAGCCACAACAGUCUACUGCUCUAUAGCCGAUGAGCUCACCAACGUUGGUGGUCUGUACUUCAACAACUGCUGUCGCUGCCUGCCCACCAAGUCGGCAGAAAACAAGGCCCUGGCUGUCACCCUGUGGAGCAUCAGUGAACACUUCCUCAACAAGAAAACCCAGCAUCAGCAGCAGUCUGGAGACAGUUAGAGGAACCACUGUCAGUUUACCACCCUACAGCAGCACUCAAAACGGUUUCUGACCACAUUCAGUGGAUUCUGCUUCUUUUCGGUUGUGCUUGGACCAGGUAUUUGUGAUUCUGUUUACUAUUUUCAUUGAAAUACACAAAGAAAAGAAAUGAAUAGUUCCCUUUUACAACAAACAGAAUAUUUUUUAUCCACAGAAUUUUGUUUUGUUGACCUGUAAUCCUUUUUGCCUAUGCCCCCCUCCACCCCCACUCACGCCCCUUCAGGUUUGCUCUGUGCUAUAAGAGAUAAUGUGCAUCUAGUCUAUAUUGUUAAGUUCAUCUUUGUCCAUAUCCCUCAUGCUUAUCAUGUACGAUCCAUCCAAGCAGUGUCGUCUAAACAGGUACAGAGCGGAUGUGUUGCUGGUUGUAAUGCCGUCCUUUACCAUGUGUUGUGUAGUCUCUGGUCUGAGGAAGGAUGCACAACAGAACUAAAGUUCUGUAUUUUUAAGUGCCCUCAUCAUUAGAAUAGAUCCUACAGUCUGUAAAUCUUCAGUUUAUAGAAUAUGUCAAAGAAAUAAGCGCUGUAUCAGUGCCGACUUGGCUACAGACAUAUACAGUGGAGUCUGCUUAAACCAAAAUCUGCAGGACUGCUGAAUUUUAAAAAGUUUAGCCAUUUUUAUAUGGUUUAGAGAGAUCGCAUAGCUAACCUACCAUAGAAAACUGCCUCUCCCCUCCACGCAUAACGGAAACAGAGGAUGAAAUAGUAAAGUAAAAGUAAGUUGGAGAGAUUGCUCAAAUAGCGAAGAAAAAUUAGAGAUUCUUCAUUCUUGCCACUACUUUCGAAUUGACCAUAAUAUUCAGUUUAAGCAUACUCCACUGCAUGUUACUAAUGUUAAUGACAUACAGCUCUGGGCCUUGGAAAGGCUGCAAAAAGAGUUACACCCAGAGAUAUGUUUGUGACACACCCACAUUGAUGACGACUGUGGAAGUCAUUUUGGGUUUACUUCGAGGUGGCUUAACUUAAGGUGUCGGUGAGGAAAGGUUUGCUCAAAUUUUCCAUUGAUCUAUGUGUUCAUUUAUUUAGCUCGUAGUUUAAUGCUAGUGUGGGCCCCAUAUCUUUUUUGUUUGGGGGUAUGUAAUGCGGGGCUUCUUUCACAGAGAUUUCUCUCAAGAACUGAUUAUAUCUUGGGUAAAUAACAUCAUUUCUGAGAGGGAAACUUGGAUUUUAACUAUUCGUCAGACCUUGUUUGCAGUUAAUUCUGCGUCAGUAGUAUAGUGGAUAGGCUACACGACUCUUAAUCAUGAUUUUGGGAGUUGGGAUUCGAUGGUCAGCUCAGCAUGUUGUUGUGUCCUUGGGGAAAGGCACUUUACACGAUUUCAUUAUCCUCACUUCACCCAGGUGUGAAGGGUAGCUGGCCAUAGACGGUGAAACAUCGAGUCAGUUCGUUUUAGUUUUUUAGUGGCUGUAAAAUGGCAGCUUGCUCUGCAUAUUUCCCAAGAAGUUGAGGUUGUUCCCGAUUGUUAUAAGGUAUGCUGGGGAGAAGAAUAUAGAUUGUACGGGGCAUAGAAAUUACUGUAGACCUGGAAUUUUGCUAUACAAAUUAUAUUUAUAUUAGUAUUGUUUGUAUUAAUUGUUUUAUCAUUAUGAGGCAAUCAUUUUGCCAUCCUCUCUUUUCUUUUUCAUUUCUCCCAAAAGCUUUCGUCCUUUGUAAGGUUCCCAUCUCAUGAUCUAUUGCAUUCAUUGAUAUUGAAGAAGACACUUGCCUGCAUCUGUAUUAUGUGAUCAAUGCCAUUCCACUCUCUUGAUAGAGAGACAACUAUAUCUAUAUAAUGUAUAUAUCAAAAACUGCUUGUUGGCUGUUGUAGUAGAUACAUGUACCAUUUCAUACUUAACCCUAUUUUUACACCUUGGUGUCAUUUUGUACUCCCGGGGUUGUAUUCUUUACAUUUUAGAAUACUUUUAGUACGAAGAUCUCUUUGAAACUUUCAGUAUUUCUCAAAUAACCAUUUUGACAGACUGCUAUGCAAAGCGUAGGCCUACGGAUCAGAUUUAAGAGUAAGUUUCCUCUUCGGAAAGUGGUGACACAGAGUUCCCCACGUCGUAUGGAUACAAUAAUAAAACACGAUGUACGGAUAGGGUUAAAAUGUAACGCAUUAUCAUACAUUUAGCACUACUGGAGUCCACCUCUUUUAAAUAAUCUCAAUGGAAAGAGCAAUAUAGUUAACUAAGAAAUUGAAACCAUCUAGGUUUAAGAAUUUGUCAUAGCAGUUGUGCAUUGAUUAUAGCUCUGAAGUAGUGUGUAUUAGAGCUGUAAUUAUUUGUGUGGUGUGCUGACAAAAUGUGUUGCUUCUCGCAAUCCACAAAUAGAGCUAUCAGCUGAAAAUUGACACAUAAUAUUUCGCCGGCUUGGGACAAUACUGCGACAAGCGUCAUUUUGUAAUUUUACAGGAAGGCGAAAAAACGUUCUAAUUUCUACCAAUAUAGCCCAAGAAACGUCAGAUUAAAAUAUGUUGCUACUUAUACACUGUGUCAUGCUGUAACACCAAUUCCCUCCUAAUUUUUAUUCAAACUACGGAGAAAUUUCUGGAAGAUGGUGUUUGUCGCAGUGGAGCCUCAUGCAACAAAGCGUCACAGGGUGUUUGUGUUAUUUUGACACAAGAGACGAAUUGGAUAAGUGCUAACAAAGUCCUUUGUCGAUAAUUUUCUAGACCUCCCGUUCCCAUACAAAACCUUUUAAGCCACAAAAUCAUAAUGGGGAAGACCAAUCUAUAUUGUUUAGUGGCUUUGACACCUGCUUGAGUCUUGGAGGAUGAAUGCCUAUCCUAUCAUAUAUACUUUGAGGGAUAUUCAAGUAGUCUUGCACUCCAUUUCCCUGUGUAGCAGCACGCCCUUCUUAACCUACUUAUAAUUACAGGAAUUUAAACUAUAAAGAGAGGGGGAGGGGAAAAGAAUGUGUGCUCGACUGCGACACAAACACACACAGAGCGAGUUAGAGAGAGAGAGGGAGAGAGUGAGAUAUAUAUAUAUAUAUAUAUAUAUCAACCAGAGAACAACACUCUUCGAAACAAGAACAUUUAAUUACCUUCACAACUGAAGAAAGUAGUGACUGAAAUUUUAGAAAGAUUUUUUCUAAAAACUUGAGACAGUUCUCAAACACAAUAUGGUAUCAACAUGUCUAUAACUCGAAUUUGAAAUUAAUCUUCAUCGUCCUCUUUGGUAUCCUUACAAACAGGCAGAGAGAGAUAAAAUGCUCUAUAUCUGACUGGGAUCUGGCCGGAGUCACACAGAGCAAUUAGAUCCUUUUUCUUGUCCUCUGGAAUGCCGGGCUCUGGUAGGCCCUUCAUCAUUUGUACGUUGGCAGCGUCGACAAAGUCACCACUCACUCUUUUUCCUUCUGUUGAGAUUCAGUCGCUGAGGAGGACCAACAUAAUAAGAUGUCUUGAUGAGCAGAACCUCAGGAUCGUCUGCUCUGACAAUAACCUGUCUCACUUUGGACCAUACUAUCUUCUCACCGUCCACAUCCAUUAUGAGGUUUCUAAUACAGGGUGCCCACUACGGCUGGAUCGGGCCGAUUGCCCGACUCGAUCGCCUGAAACUGAAAACGUACACGUUUGUUUUUGAGGUGAUCGAGUCGGGCGAUCUCAGCCGUAGUGGGCACCCCGUAUUACUCUUCUGGACAUCGAUUUGAAAUCAAUGAAGUCCCGGCCUGACAUUUCCCUGACAAUGUAUGGCUGUUUGGAUACUCAUGCUGUCCUUACGGCAGUGAACCAUUGCUCUGGUGUGUACAGUUCAAUGUGCCUUGUCUUUCUUUCUACUGUCUCAUUCUACUUUCAUUCUGUCUCAGUGUGACCUUUUUCUAGAAAAGUAUGCGUGACUGAAUCAAGAUGAAGGUUUUGAUAUGCAAAGUGCAGGGCAAAAGCAACGAAGCGGUUGCGGUUUUGCCCAGCACAAUUGUCUGAGAACAUGUGGACAUCUUUGACACCACACGCUGAUGUCUGGUUGAUAAGAUAGUUGUAAAGACAGGUGGCAACUUCAUUCGAUCCUCGACGGCCUUCAUUUUCAGGCCACAUAAAACAGAAUGCAUCUCCCUGUCUGUAGUCAUAAAUCGUUAGAUUGUAAACUCCAAGCCUUCUUUUGUAGAAAAAAAACCUUGAGUUCUAUGAGAAUAAAAAGGAGAGAAAUUGAUAUUAAAGUAUGAAGUAAACAUGUCAUGGUUAUUGUCGUCUGGGGGAGGGGUUUGUCCGUCUAGUCGCAUUUUUUUCUGUUCUUUUCUUAGUGUGUAUGAGUGUUUUAAGGUGGGGCAACUUACCACGUAUCCCUCUUGCAUUCAGGGUUACCACUCGCAAGCCUGCCAUCCUGCGUUCUAUAAG